UUCUAACUAGCUGCCUGUUUCAUUCUCUUCUCCCUGGGGCAGCGUUUUCAGUCAGGAAAUCCAAACUAUGGUGAAGCUGCGGUUGCCCAAUCCUGGCCUGGAGGACAGGAUACCUUCCCAUACAGAACUUGAGGUCCUUGAGAAAGAAGAGGCAGACUCCAGACCGAAAUGGGACAACAAGGCUCAGUAUAUGCUGACGUGUGUAGGGUUUUGUGUGGGCUUAGGAAAUGUGUGGCGGUUUCCGUAUCUCUGUCAGAGCCACGGAGGAGGAGCCUUCAUGAUCCCUUUCCUGAUUUUGCUAGUCCUGGAGGGUAUCCCCCUGCUUCAUCUUGAGUUUGCCAUUGGCCAAAGGCUGAGGAAAGGCAGUGUGGGCGUCUGGAGCUCUAUUCACCCCACCCUGAAAGGGGUUGGCAUAGCGGCAAUGUUUGUAUCCUUCCUGGUGGGUCUGUAUUAUAACACUAUUAUUGCCUGGGUAAUGUGGUAUUUCUUCAACUCCUUCCAAGAGCCCCUGCCUUGGAGUAGCUGUCCUCUCAAUGACAACAGAACAGAUUACAUAGCAGAGUGUUCCAAGAGCUCUCCUGUGGAUUAUUUCUGGUACAGAGAAACUUUAAAUAUCUCCACUUCCAUUGACGAUUCAGGCAGUAUACAGUGGUGGCUUUUGUUAUGUUUAACGUGCGCAUGGGGUGUCCUGUACGUGUGCACAAUCAGAGGCAUCGAAACAACAGGAAAGGCCGUGUAUGUAACAUCAACUCUUCCAUACCUUGUGCUUACCAUUUUUCUCAUCCGUGGCUUGACACUGAAAGGAUCAACCAAUGGAAUUGUGUAUCUCUUCACCCCUAAUGUUACUGAGCUGGCUAACCCAGUGACGUGGCUGGAUGCGGGUGCUCAGGUGUUUUACUCCUUCUCCCUGGCGUUUGGAGGCCUCAUUUCAUUCUCCAGUUACAACUCUGUUCACAAUAACUGUGAGAAAGAUGCCCUGAUUAUCUCAGUGAUCAAUGGCUUCACAUCCAUCUAUGCGGCAACUGUCAUAUACUCCAUUAUUGGAUUCAGAGCCACAGAAAGAUACGAUGACUGUUUUGACAAAAAUAUUCUCACCCUGAUGAAUGCAUUUGAUUUGCCAGAAGGUAAUGUAACCCAAGAUAACUUUAAACAAAUGCAGCAGCUAUGUAACAUGACUGAUCCGAUGAAGUUUGCAAACCUGAAUUUUGAAACCUGUGAUCUGGAAACUUUCCUGAAUGAUGGAGUUGAAGGAACUGGCCUAGCCUUUAUUGUCUUCACGGAAGCUAUCACCAAAAUGCCGGUCUCACCUCUGUGGUCCAUCCUCUUCUUCAUCAUGCUCUUCUGCUUGGGUUUGUCAUCUAUGUUUGGAAAUAUGGAAGGCGUGCUCGUGCCGUUACAAGAUCUUAAGAUCAUACCCCCCAGAGUGCCUAAGGAACUUGUUACUG